AUGGGAAAUGAAACUAGUUCUCUGGAUAAGCAAUAUCCUGUUCUAGCUUUCGAAGCUUCUCCUAGACAUUCGCAGACCGCUGAAUCUCUCCCACACAGUCUUCCAUUCUCUGUGCACCAUGAAGGAUAUAUCAGACGUCAAGAAUCUUUACCUUCGGAAGCUGAUUAUACUGACUCUUCUGAAAAUUCAAACAUAUCGAGGAGAUUCCCGUUUCCGGGAAAUAGCAACUGGUUACGGACUAUUCCAGCAUCUUGUGGAACACCAUCUAGUGAUAAAGGAUCUCUAUUAGAGGCGUUGGUAAAGAGGAUUGGGGGAGUGACAACGCAGAAUUCCUCCCUAGAUGAUGAUCAGACGAGUGGUACGAGAGAUUUAUCUUCCGCUGUGAGUCUACAAGAUUCUGCCUGUGAAAUUUUGGAAAGCUCACAGCAGAUGACGGAAGAAGAGAAGGCCAAAAUAAAGAAUGUUCUGGACAGGGUGAAACAAGUGGAAACCAUUGAGGCCAGACGAAUAUCGUGA